UUAACGCCUGACAUGGUUGUUAAAUUGAUCUGGGAUAGAAAACAUUACAUGGAAAUUAACUGCAACUGUCUCUAUCCCAGAAACUUGUACCAUCCUGAAUUUUAUCGUAUGCAAUUGGAAGCUCCAGUGCCAAUACCGGUUUUGUGCAAUGACUUUAUUCCCGAAUUGCCGUCACAUUUAGGACAGGACUAUCAUGGUGAUAUUACUCAUGUUCAGGCGUCCAAUCUACUCAAUCUGAAACCAAAUGGGGCAUAUUUAGUGCGGAACAGUAAGUCAGCCAAUGGGGAGUUUCACACUUUAAGUCUUAAAUUCAAUGACAAAAUCCAUCACUAUCGAUUGUACUACGACCCCAACGGAGGCCUCUACGUCCGAGAGAAACGAUAUGACUGCGUGCGGUCACUCGUUGCCGACGGUCUGGUCACCAUGUACCUCGAACUCAAGGCCCCCACGAUACUCCAAAGACUGUCCACCGCCAAUUACCAGGAGAGCCCGUACAUGACCCUGAACAAGAAAAAACUGAACGCCCUAACCAGAGAGAAUGCGAGGAACAAAAAUCUUCACAAGGAUAACGUCGACGACAGUAUUCCACUAUCGAAAUAUAUCAUGGGCCACGUGCAGCCCGAAAAACUCGAAAAGCCCCACGUCUUCAAACUGACCACGUUCAAAGGCCUGAACUGGUGCGAGUUGUGCGCCAACUUCCUCUGGGGUUUCCACCUUCAAGGAAAACGGUGCGAAGAUUGUGGUGUCAUCGCACACGUAAAAUGCUCGGAAAGAUUUGCCAACGACUGCGUCCCAGAUUUAAAAUACGUCAAAGGUGCCUUUGGUAUCGAUUUGACAACAUUUUUGACCGCACACAAGGCAGAGUUACCAUUUGUUGUCACCAAAUGUGUGUCCCAAGUGGAGGCACGAGGACUGACUUCCGAAGGCAUCUACAGAUUAAACGGGUUCGCCGACGAAAUUGAAGCCAUUAAAAUGGCCUUUGAUGAAGGUGGAGAGAAGACAGAUCUGAAUAUGGAGAAGUGUCCCAACGUCAACGUGAUUACUGGAGCUCUUAAAUUAUACUUGAGGGUGCUUCCAAUCCCGUUAAUUACUUUUGAGGCUCAUCCCUUGUUAAUUGAUGCAAUACAACACAAGAACCAAGAUCUGAAGCUGUCGUCGAUUAAACACGCCCUGCUCUCUUUGCCGAAAGGACAUUAUGACACUUUAAAAUUCAUGAUGGAACAUUUAAAUACGGUUGCCCGUCACUCACCGAUCAAUAAAAUGACCGAAUCCAAUUUGGCGACAGUAUUUGCACCGACGUUGAUUCGGCGAACGGACUUGAUACUGUCGGACGUGCCUGAUCUGACCAGCGAUAUUAAUUUAAUCGAAACAAUGAUCAGACACUGUGACAGUAUAUUCAAGAAAGCUAAGUAAUCUUAACGAAUCCAGUUUGUUUAACCAGUUUUUGUCAUGAAUAUUAUCGGUCCUUUAAUAUUAAUCCUUUAUUUCAAACAAAAUAUGCACCCAAAACUGUCUUCGUACAGUAUAAUAUAUCGGAAACAUCACUUUGCAUGUAAUACAUCGCGUUCUCUUAAUAAUUGGAAGAUUUGAUACCAUUGGCAGGAUAAAAAUGUAUUGUCUUUAGUUUGUUAAGGACCUACAUUUAUAUUGAACAGCUGUGAUUCUAAAAUAAGUACGUCGAAAUGUAUAUUUGAAGUAAUUAUCUUUAAUCUAAAAUUCUCACGCUAUUACCACGAGUAUUAUAUUUAUAUGUAUUUGGUAUAAUUUUUAUGACCUUUUAAUUAUUUGACGUAAUCUUAUUAUAUCAACAUAUUUGGUAUGUUUUUGAAAUAUUUAUUUAUUACAUUUGAUAUGCUAGUAAAAAUGAUAUUUAUUUUAUAUUUCUAUUCCAAACUUUGUGAUUUUCAUCUUUGUGAUAAAUACUUCCAAAUGUUUUUAGGUAUUAUUUUUAAUUUAAAAUUGUUUACUGUGCUCAUUUUAGAUCAAAUCUAAAUUAU